GGCGCUGAUUCUGCAGUCCUCCGUAGCUCCCCCGUAUACUCCAGCAGAUGUGUGCUGCAGUGUGAGGCUCUCCUCCCGUAUACCACCCGUGCAGCAGUCAUUGUGCACAGCGCCCGUCUGCAGCAUCGGCUCGGCGGGGGUUAAACCAGGAUACAGCUGUGUAUGCGGGAUUAGGUGAAGAGUCGGGGGGCCGCCAUGAUAACUCUAUAUUGGGUGAUGUCCACGCUGCGUCUCUCCUGGAAAUAUAUAGUGACUGCAGAGAUCCGAGCCUUGGAGUGGAGACCGCCUGCGCUGAUGGAAAAAGCUACAGAUGGCUCCCUGCAGAGCGAGGACUGGACACUGAACAUGGAGAUCUGUGACAUCAUCAACGAGACGGAGGAGGGGCCAAAAGACGCCAUCCGUGCCCUGAAGAAGAGGCUGAACGGUAACAGAAACUACCGGGAGGUGAUGCUGGCUCUGACGGUGUUGGAGACUUGUGUGAAGAAUUGCGGACACCGCUUCCACGUGCUUGUGACGCACCGCGACUUUAUAGACGGUGUCCUAGUGAAAAUCAUCUCUCCGAAGAACAACCCCCCGACCAUCGUGCAGGAUAAGGUCCUGGCUCUGAUCCAGGCUUGGGCAGACGCGUUUCGGAGCAGCCCCGACCUCACUGGAGUUGUGCAUAUUUAUGAAGAGCUGAAGAGAAAAGGGAUUGAGUUUCCUAUGGCCGACCUUGACGCCCUGUCACCAAUACAUACACCCCAGAGGGUAGGACACACACCGCAGAGGAGUGUCCCUGAGGUGGAUCCUGCCAUGAACAUGCACAUGACCCAGACACACCAGCGGGCCAGCUCCGGCUCCUUCUCGUCCUCCCCGGCUCCGUACACCGCCCCAGCAGUACCUCCGGCAACCGUGGGUGGCCCGAUCACUGCCAACUCCGAACAGAUCGGCCGCCUGAGGAGCGAGCUUGACAUCGUCCGUGGAAACACUAAGGUCAUGUCCGAGAUGCUGACGGAGAUGACCCCUGGCCAGGAAGACGCUUCGGAUCUCGAGCUACUGCAGGAUCUGAACAGAACCUGCCGUGAGAUGCAGCACAGGAUUGUGGAGCUCAUCUCCCGAGUGUCCAAUGAGGAGGUGACCGAAGAGCUGCUCCAUGUCAAUGACGAUCUGAACAAUGUCUUCCUGCGAUACGAAAGGUUUGAGCGUUACCGGUCAGGCCGCACCGCACAGAACACAAAUGGGGUGCUGAGUGACGUUACCGAGGAUAACCUUAUAGACCUUGGCCCCGGAUCCCCGGCAGUCGUGAGUCCAAUGGUGGGGAACACCGCUCCGGCGUCUCUGACAACCCAACUGGGCGGACUUGAUGUUGGAUCCAGUAGUGUCAGCGCCACGCUCAGCGCCCUCCCCACUACCAAUCCCCGGGAUGACUUUGAUAUGUUUGCACAGACAAGGAGCAGCUCCCUGGCCGAUCAGAGGAAGGAUGUGACCUAUGAAGAUCCCCAGGCUCUGGGAGGGCUGGCGACUGCUUUAGAUGUCCGACAGCAGAACACUGGAGGGAUUCCCGUGGCUCAGGCCUCAGACAUGGAUGACCUAGAGGAGUGGCUCGGGACGGACGUGAAGGGGGAUGAGCUGGAGGAAGGAGUGACCAGUGAAGAAUUUGACAAGUUCCUGGAAGAACGAGCCAAAGCUGUAGACAUUCUCCCAGACCUCCCGUCUCCCCCCUCUACAGAGCCCUCCCUGACAGUGAACCCCGCCAACCGGAAGAAGCAGGAGCGAGUUGACGACACCCUGUUUGCUUUGUAAAUAACAUCUCUGUAUAGCUCCGCCGCCCUCCUGACGCACACAGGCCCCUCAUACCCUAUACUACAUACAUCAUUUAUGUAAAACGCACAGGGCAGACAUUUUGUGAACCGCAGCUGUGACCCCUAGAUAAACGGAACCUAGCGAUGUCCUUGGUUACCAGUGCUGGUGGUUCACAAAAUGGCCGCCUCACCGUGUUAUACAUCUGCCUGAGCAGAGGAAUGGCCGACCUGGAUCAUAUUGUAAAGUCACAGUCUAAUUAUUGGCCUGUACCAAUAGCCAAGGGACAGGAGGGCAUUUAGGCGCCUAACCUGGUACAUAGUAUUCUGCGGUAUUGUUCUUCUAGGUGGCGCUCUUACACAUUCCUUCACUCCCUUGUAAAUGGACCCUUCCCCUGGUAAUCGCAAUAGCACUGCAUGUCUCAUCUCUCCGAAAACUCUUUUGUUUUCUGUUCAUAUAUAUAUAUAUAUAUAUAUAUAUAUAUAAAUUAUAUAUAGACGUGUAUAUAAAUAUAGAGAGGGGGGCGAGAGUGAGAAAAUAACGUAUACCUGAACUGCAACGUUUGCACAGCUUUUCUUACCUCUUAGCAGCGUCCGCCAUUCCAUAGCAUCUUAUCCGGCGGCUGACAUUCCUCCAGGGCUAAUCCGAUGAUUCGGGGGUGAACCCUGCAGGCGUAUCAUGGCGGACAUCAGUCCAGCAUGCGCACGGAAGCCUCUACACAACCGUCCUCUUAACCCCUCGUGUGCCAUAUUUAUUUUCUCUUCCGGUUUAGCACGCAAGAGGGAUUGCUGCCGAUGGAUUGUAGUCACUGUUAGAACUGUUUUCUUUUUGGCACUGAUGGUUUUGCCACUACACUGAAUGUCAGCAGCCUGGACCCCCACCCCUGAGGUGCCACUGACCAUUGGUCUGGCUGUGGCCUCUUUUUGUUGUUACGAUAUGAAUGUUUAGCUAUGUUAUUUGACUAAAGACCAGGAGAGAGCAUUUUCCAACCAGGGUGCCUCCAGCUGUUGCAAAACUACAACUCCCAGCAUGCCUGGACAGCCGAAGGCUGUCCGGGCAUGCUGGGAGUUGUAGUGGUGCAAAAGCUGGAGGCACCCCUGGUUGGGAAAUACUCACUUAGUAUAGUGUCACUUAGUAUUGUGGGUAAUACUCAAUAUUGCAGCACAGGAUGCUCUCUGUAGUAUAUGAUAGCACAGUAAGGUUCUGCUAUGUAUGUAUGUGUGUAUGUGUGUAUAUAUAUACAUAUACACAUACCUCUGUGAUAUUUAUCGAUGUGUAGAUAGAUAUUAAUCUAGAUAGAUGUGUGUGUAUGUAUGUGUAUGUAUAUAUAU